AUUAAUACUUGCACUAUCUUUCCACCAAGAAAAGCCACCUUCCCUUCAUCACUCCACAACCACUCUUUUUCUUGAACCCAAAAACCGGCUCUUUACAGUCAACUCUUCUGUCCCUUGAUUUGUACCCUUUUGUCUCACUAAUCCUACUUUUCUUUCCUAUGUUUUAGUAGAAUUCCCCUAACAUUCUCCCCCCUCCCCCCCCCCCCUUUUUUUUUCUUUUUUUUUUUCCAUUUUUUCUCUUGUGAAAAGAAACGUUUAGUCUUGUAGAUUCUUGAUUUUUUUAGAGCUAAUGAAGAACAACUAUUGCAAAUUUGAACCAAAAGGGUAGCAAAGUUUUUUUUCAAUUUCAACAUUUUACCCUUUUUUUCUCUUGUGAAAAGAAACUGUUAUUUGGAGAAAAAAAAAGUGGGUUGUAUUUACUGGGUGUUGUGGAAAAAGGGGGAGAAAUUUCUUGUUUUCUUUUCUUCUCUUUCCCAUCUUUAAAGCAUUGUUGCCUUUUUAUGAAAGAACCGUUUUCCUUGUAAAUCUGGAGUGUCAGGGCUUAUGAAGAACGACUACUGAAGAGGUGAAGAUUUGAUAUUUGUUUAUUUGUUUUUCCUUGUUAAUAUUUCGGGAAAGAAGUAAGUGAAUUGGUGAAAAAUUAUCUCACUCUUUUGCGUUGAGUGGAAGUGGAAGUGUGAAAAAAGAGGUUCUGGGGUGUGAAUUAUGGUGAGGAAACAUGGAUGGCAGCUACCGGCACAUACCUUUCAGGUUGUUGCUAUAACUGUAUUUUGCUUGUUAGCGGUUGCAUUUUAUGCUUUCUUCUCACCUUUCCUCGGAGGACACUUUUGGGAGUAUGCUUCUAUCGCAGUUUAUUCUCCAGUGGCAUUGCUUGUUUUUGUUCUUUAUGUUCGGAGUACUGCAAUCAAUCCUGCCGAUCCAGGCAUAAUGUCUAAAUUUGAUUCUGGAAGAAUAAAUGAUACCAACUCAAAGCAUGGAUUGUCUGCGAGAAGUCAGUCUGGAAAAUUUGAUGAACUUAGUAAUGAUGCACGGUCUUCUCUGUCGUCAGCUUCAAGAACUUCCAUUGCUGCUGCUAACUCCAUCAAUAAAGGUCAACAAGAAGCAGGGAGACUAGAUAAUGAAGUGGUUUCUUUGACUAGAAAGUCCUCUUGUUUUAAAAUUGGAGGAGUCUUUUGCUUUUUAUUUGUACACGAGGAUUGCCGCAAAAAGGAUGGAGCUGCUGAGGAGGAAGGGACAGGUGAAGAUGCUCUGUUUUGCACAUUGUGCAAUGCUGAGGUGCGCAAGUUCAGUAAACAUUGUCGAAGCUGUGAUAAAUGUGUUGAUGGAUUUGAUCAUCAUUGUCGGUGGCUCAACAACUGUGUUGGAAGGAAGAACUAUGUUACCUUUAUAUCACUGAUGGCUACCAGCUUGGUCUGGCUUGUUAUUGAAGCUGGAGUUGGAAUCGCUGUUCUGGUACGAUGCUUUGUGAACAAAAAGAACAUGGAGGCUGAAAUAGUUGAUAGACUAGGGAAUGGUUUCUCGUUGGCCCCAUUUGCAACUGUUGUGGCUGUAUGUACUGCCGUUUCAUUGCUGGCUUGUGUGCCCUUAGGAGAGCUUUUCUUUUUCCACAUGAUACUGAUAAGAAAGGGCAUUACAACGUAUGAGUACGUAGUUGCUAUGAGAGCCAUGAGCGAGGCACCUGGGGGAGAAUCUGUAGAUGAAGAACAGCCUAACAUUGUAUACUCUCCAUCCGGAUCAGCUACAACUGGCUUCAGUGGUGGAAGUUCUUUGGGACUGCAAUACAAAGGAGCAUGGUGCACCCCUCCAAGGGUGUUUGUUGAUUAUCAGGAAGAAGUUGCACCUCAAUUAGAGCCUGGAAUGAUCCCAUCAACUGUUGAUCCAGAUGCAGCUGGGUUUGUUGAAAAGGGAAACAAGGGACCUAAGCGGCCUGUUAAGAUCAGUGCAUGGAAACUUGCAAAAUUGGAUUCCAGUGAAGCAAUGAGAGCUGCAGCAAAAGCUAGAGCAUCCUCAUCUGUUCUACGUCCUGUUGAUAACCGUCGUUUUGAUCCUGAAUUAAGUUCCAGUGAGAAUAUGAGUGUCAGAAGCAGUAUCAGUGCUGAUACCGGAGGAAAUAGAGAUAUGAGAAAUGAAUUAAGGAAUUCACUUGCUCCAAGUCAAGGUAGCCGAGAUGAAUAUGAAACUGGAACUCACAGUGUCAGUAGCUUUAGCAGUCCCAGCCAUGUGCAUGAGUCAGUUACUCUAAGCCCUCUCCCACAGGCUCACAGUUUAGGUCAUCUCAAUGGCGGCAUUGCCCCAGAGAGGGCCCGAAAUGUUCGGGCUGCACCCCCUAAUAAUAACCAUCACCUCUUACAUUCUUCAGAAUUUGAUGAGAAAAUCAUGCAGAGGAAUAGUACCACCGAUCCGUUAUUGCUUUCAGCUGCUGCCCCUGCAGCUUCUCUGCUCAGAGACGUUAAACGAACAUCUGUUGUUUGGGACCAAGAAGCUGGAAGGUAUGUGUCUGUUCCAGUAUCAGCUUCAGAUGCUCGUACAAGGCCGCCUAUGCAAGGAGGAUCAUCAAAUCCAAAUACUGCAUCUUCUAGCAAUGACAAGAGGCCAGCCCCUGUCCCUCGAGAACCUUCACAGCCUCCGGCAAAGCCUCCAGUCGAGCAGUCAGAAAAGCUAAUGUAUACUGGAGAGUCCAUAUUCUUUGGUGGUCCACUUUUGCGUGGUCCAAUUAAGGAUGGACUGAGAAAUGAGAGAGGCUCUGGUUCCAGAGAGAGCCAAGAAAGGCUGCCAUUUAAUUUGCCUCGCGAAUCCAGGUUCAGAAGGGAUGCUGCCUCCCAUCAACUUCCCGUGUUUGUUCCUGGUGAUUUCGAGUCAAAUAAGUAAAGCUUACAGGACUAGCAAUGAAUGUUCAUUUAUCAUUUGCCCCUGCAUAGCAAGGCUUCAACAGAAGAAACCCCUCGAGCUAUAACUAGUUUUGGUCUUCCAGGAACCUUGCAGUCUGUUACAUACACUCCGAGGUUCCAGUGGUUUCUUCGUGACGGAUUGUCUAACUUAAUACGGCAGAAAAUGAAUGUAGUGGAGUAGAUACAUUCCUUGAAUCCCUCUUUGAACCUUUUUUUCUGUACAAUUGAAGCUUGAACAGUAGGGUGGGUUUGUCUAGCAAUUUUGCAAUGAGAAUUACCUACAUGCAUGGGUGCAUUUUGUUUCUUAUUUUUUAGAAAAAAUUGUGCAGGGCCGUCCCCGUUUUAAGACUA